CAGAGAGUGUCAAACAGUUGGACUAGUUAAUUAUGUCGAGCAAGGUUUUAGUGACUAUUAAACAAGGAACGUUACGAGGGAAUGAAGAAACAACUCAUAAUAAUUUCAAAUUUUUCACCUUUAUGGGCAUACCUUAUGCCAAACCACCUGUUGGAAAAUUAAAAUUUAAAGCCCCUCAACCCGCCCAGCCCUGGGAAGGUAUAUUAAAUGCAAACCAAGAAAAUAAUCCAAGUUUAAGUAAAGAUUUCUUUCUCAACACCACCUUGGGAGAUUUUGACUGUUUAUAUUUAAAUGUAUAUACACCACAGUUGCCGCAAGAAAAAAAUGCUACUCUUAAACCUGUCAUGGUUUGGAUUCAUGGCGGUGGAUUCGUUUACGGAUCAAAAAACCGCGAUUUUGCAGACCCAGAAUAUUUCAUGGAUAAGGAUGUCGUUGUAGUAGCUAUUAAUUACCGCCUCGGAGCCUUAGGUUUCUUAAGUUUGAAGGAUCCAAAUCUUGGUGUCUCCGGUAAUGCGGCCUUGAAAGAUCAAGCAAUGGCAUUGAAGUGGGUGCAAGAAAACAUUGCCGCAUUUGGAGGAGAUCCAAACAACGUCACAUUGUUUGGCUUGAGUGCCGGAGGAGCUUCAGUAUCUUACCAGUUACUAUCACCUAUGUCAAAAGGAUUGUUCCAUAAAGCAAUUAUUCAAAGCGGGGUGGCAACUUGUUCAUGGGCAGAAGGAAAUACUGAUCUAGCAAAGGAACUUCUAAUAGCGUUUGAGAAAUCGGCAACAACGGAAGCAGAAAUGCUUGAGAUUUUUGAAAGCGCUACUAAAGACGAGCUAAUUGCGGCUCAGUCAAAAGUACCAGACGUCUGGAAACCAUGCAAACAAAGGUAUUACUGUCCUACUGUGGAAACAUCAACAGGCGAGGAGCAUUUUCUUCAUGAUACACCCCUUAAUAUCUUAAAAUCAGGUAACUACAAUAAAGUCCCAGUCAUCCUUGGUUGUACUUCAAAUGAAGGGCUUCUUAUGGGUUUGUUUGGAAUGGGUGCAAAAGAAGACUUUUUGCCAAGAAAUGAUGCUGAAUAUGUACCAUACUGGUUAAACUUGACUGGUGAAAAAGCGUCUCAAGUAGGCAAACGAAUCAAAGAACACUACUAUGGAAAUCAAGUUCCUAGCGACAAAAACAAGGAUUGUUAUUUCGAUUAUAUCGCUGAUUCAUUCUUUCUCACAGCCAUCAACGGUUUUGCCGAUCAAUUGAUUAAAACAUCCAAUAAUAAGGUAUACUUAUACUGUUUCGACGCAGAAACCGAAUUAAACCAAUUCAAAAAGUUGUUUGACAAAUCUAAUCAAUACAAAGGUGUUUGUCACGGGGACGAUACAUUGUAUAUGUUCAAAACCAAUAUGAGCCCAGUUAUAAAAGAAGAUAGCAAAGAGAAUUAUGCAAUUCAAAGACAUACAACAUGGUGGGUCAACUUUGCCAAGUAUUCAAACCCAAAUGGAUUAGAGCCGAAUCCACUUUUAGGAGUUACUUGGCCCGAAGCAACAAAAAAGAUGGAAUAUCUACAUAUCGACAAUACUACAAAGGUUAAAUCUAAUUUUGGAGAACAAAGUACCAAAUUUUGGAAUUCAAUCGAAGCAGAAUGUUAAACAUUCUUUCGAAAACACAAACAUUAGUAAGAUAUCUGUUCGCAGGCAAAACAAAUACAUUACACAGUGCUAGCACAGCGCCAGCACAUUUAUGAUUAAAUAAAAGAGGCAGAUCUUAUAACGCGGGAGAACCUAAAAUUUUGUAGGUUUCAAUUUAAUAAAGAACAACAAAGUUCACCACAUUGUGGCAGAUGAAAACUCAUCGUGAUGCCGUUAUUUUACUAAAUUUGUGGACCUUAAAAACGUUUUAAAUUAUAUAAGUUAUCAUAGAGCUUCACAUUAAAAAAUACUUGAGUUGUAAGUGUUUGUUUCACUCAAAUAACAUAAACUAAAUUUUAUAUUAAAUGAAUAAACACUCUAUAAACCA